AUGCCAUUGUCGCUCGUAUGCAGCGUUCGUCUCAACGCGGUUCGCUACGUUCAGUCUUCUCGGCGGCGGCGCCGAGUCGUACAGGGUAUAAAGGCUACUGAGGAAUGCUCGGUAUCAGCAGCAAGUUCACCCACCGGAGCUUCAGAACCCAGUCACUCAGACUCAAUCGCAAACCAACAUGGUCUUCAACUUGAAGCUCGCUGCCGGCAUCGUCGCUACGACCCUCGCGGUCCUGCAGGCCACGCCGAGACGCACACCGUCACCUUCGUCAACAAGUGUGGCCGCGGUACUCCCUACUUGUGGUCGCAGACUGGCGAGCUGCUCUCGAAUGGCGCGCCGUGGACCAGCAACGGCCCCGCCCCCGGUCUAUUGCAACCAUUGGUAGGUGGCUGCGGCCAGAACGGCGAACAGUGCACCCUCGUCGAAGUGACGCUGGAGAAUGGACAAAGUGCCGCCGACAUCUCUCUCAUUCCCCCCCACGCGUUCAAUGUGGCCAGCGGGUUCGGCUUCUACGACGGCUGCGAUGGCGCGGGCACUGACUGCACCGACGCGAACUGCCCGAAGGCGUACCGCCACCCUGAUGAUAACUUUGCUGUCGUUGGGUGCGGCGCUGACAACGAAAACAUCGCUAUCACCUUCUGCGAUUAG